AAAUAUAUGCCACGUGGCACAGGCUCAGGCACCUUCUAGACUGUACCACUAUGAUUAUAUAUGAGUCUCUCUGUGACACUCAUAUUCGUCUCUGCGACGACGGCAUUUGAAUCGCUAGUGGAAUCGGCGCUGCGACGACGACGGCGUUUGAGUAGCCAGGGGGAGGUUGCACGAUGGACAUAAUCUCUCAAUUACAGGAACAAACCAAAAAAAUUGCUGCUCUUACCUUCAAUACCUUUGGAACGUUGCAAAGAGAUUCUCCUGCAGUCAAACUCUCUCCAAAUUAUCCAGAACCACCUGCUAACCCUACAGAGGAUGCAGCAAAUUUUGCUGAACAACCCAAGCUGAUGAGUGCAGCUCUGGUUCAAGCUGCGAAGCAGUUUGAUGCAUUAGUUGCAGCACUACCAUUAGCCGACGGAGGUGAAGAAGCACAGCUCAAAAGGAUUGCAGAACUGCAGGCUGAAAAUGAUACUGUUGGCCAAGAACUCCAGAGACAACUGGAAGCAGCAGAAGAGGAACUAAAGCAGGUCCGUGAGUUGUUCAGCCAAGCUGCAGAUAAUUGCUUGAAUUUGAAGAAACCGGAUUAAAACUAAAGCGACUGAUCUUCUCUUCGGAGCUUCCAGAUCCUGUGAUUCCAGCCAAUCUUCUCAAAUUUCAUGAGGGAAAAACUAUACUCUCCGUUCUUUGUCCUCUGUAAAUGUGAAAAGAAUGCUGCCUGUUAUCUCUUUUCCUUUCCGGUUCUAUUGUGUGACGGCUUCAAUAUUAUACAGAUUUUAAGAGUAUUUACAAAGUUGAUGUGAUUAGGUUUGAACUCUCA